AUCGUUGACACUAUCAAGCAAUCGCCACCCAUCGAUGUCAAAGCUCCUUACGACACCAAGUCCCUCGCCGGCAAAACCAUCCUGAUCACCGGCGGGGCAUCCGGUUUCGGUGCCGCUUUCGCCCGCAAAUGGGCCGAACACGGCUCCCAUAUCAUCAUCGGCGACGUGAAUGACUCGGCCGGCGAGGACCUCAUCGCCGAGCUCCGCUCCCUCCCCGGGUCCUCCAAGCACCACUACUACCAGCACUGCGACGUGACCAAAUGGGAAGACCAAGUCUCCCUCUUCAAAAUGGCCGCCCGCGCUAGUCCCACCCGCGGGAUCGAUGCCGUCGUAGCCAGUGCCGGCAUCAGCGAGCAUAGGGACGUAGCUUCCGGCGCCCCGGGCGUCUUCGACAACCCCUCCGAUCUGGACUCCGAUUCCCUCCUUCCCCCACCACCGCCCUUAAACGUCCUCAACGUCAACCUGACAGGCGUCAUGUACACUACCCACCUCGCUCUCUUCUGGCUUCCCCGCAACGGCGGCGUCUCCCGCCUCGAUGUCCAAGAUGACACCUCUGCUGCUGAUGAUGGCCGGCCGAUUCGUGACCGCCACCUCCUUCUCGUCUCCUCCAUCGCCGGCCUUGCACCCCUCCCCGGCCAAACGGAGUACACUGCCUCCAAGCACGGGGUGCUCGGUCUCUUCCGCUCGCUAAGGGCGACCUCCUGGACGAAGGGGAUCCGAUGCAACGUGCUUUGUCCGUACUUUGUCGAUACCCCCAUCGUUCCCUGGCGCGCCCUGGCGCUGUUGGCGGGCGGGCCGAAGGCGGACAUUGAGGAUGUGGUGGAUGCGGCGACGAGGUUGAUGGCUGACGAGGAGGUGGUGGGGAGGGGGUUGCUUAUUGGGGGGAGGCAGCGGGUCGUGGGGGGGAAGUUGGUGGUUGUUGAUGAUGCUGAAUAUGCUGAGGGCGAGGGAGGAGAUGGGGAUGAGCAUAGGGGAAUUAGGAAUUCGCCUAGUGCUGUGUGGGAGGUGCAUGCGCAUGAUUAUGAGAUGGUGGAGGUUUUCGUUUAUAGGUUUGUCAAAGUUUUGAACAUGGUGAGGAUAGUCAGGGGGUGGGUUGAAACGCUAAAAGAUUUGUGGGCAAUUUAUUUGAGUCGG